UCCCCUGUCAACUGUCAAUAAAGCUGAAAAAGUUCCUCUCUCACACACACUGCGAAACCUAGGGUUUUUGAAGAAUUCGAUCUUCAAUUUCAUUUUUCCACUACAAGAAAUCACGCGUGGUUGUUUUCCGAAUAACAAAUGUAUUCGUUUCUAGAUUAGGAACUUUGUGCUAUCUUUGAACUUGAUCUCCAUUAGUUCUAGUUUGUUGUUAGAUAAUUCUGUCGAGUAAUCAACCCAAAUAAAAAUGACUGUGGCAGCAGGGAUUGGGUAUACAUUGUUAGCAUUGGGUCCAUCUCUCUCACUUUUUAUCGCCGUUAUUGCCAAGAAACCGUUUCUCAUCCUCACCCUUCUCUCCAGUACCUUGGUAUGGCUGAUAAGUCUGAUUGUGUUGUCGGGACUCUGGAGAGCAUUUCUACCCUUCAAGACUGGGUCAUUGUGGCCCUGCAUGCUCAUCAUUCUCACUUCUGUUGCCUUCCAGGAAGCCCUCCGCCCUCUCUUCUGGAAGAUUUACAAGAGGCUGGAAGAUAUACUGGAUGCUUUUGCAGAUAGAGUCUCCAGACCUCGCCUUUUUAUUACUGAUAAGAUGCAAAUUGCUCUUGCUGGUGGUAUGGGUCAUGGUGUGGCCCAUGCUGUCUUCUUCUGUCUGAGCCUUUUGACUCCAGCCUUUGGGCCCGGCACAUAUUAUGUAGAAAAAUGCUCACAGAUGUCAUUUUUCCUGGUCUCUGCUGUUAUAGCUCUUGCAUUUGUCACCAUCCAUACUUUGUCGAUGGUUAUAGCAUUCAAUGGAUAUGCAGAAGGAAAUAAAGUGGACCAAUAUUUUGUCCCCGCUGUUCAUCUUGUAGCAGCAAUGCUUACGCUCGUGAACCUUUCUCAGGGGGGUUGUAUUAUCGGCAUACCUCUGCUCUACUUCAUGGCAUUGCUGACUAUUGGGCAUUGCGGGAAGAUGGUAUGGAGGAGACUUAAAGAAAUCCGGAGCAGGCAAGGAAGCUCAUUCUAGCAGAUCUUUAGUAUAAAGUCGCAUCGCGUGGGAGGACAUUGACUUGAAAACACAUACAAAUUGUAUCCAUGUAUCUUUCAUCGUGUUGUUGAAGGUAAAUUUUUUAUCAUUUUGUUUCUACAUUAAAAAUUUAUAAUACCUGAACUACUCUUGAGGGUGAAAUUCUAAUGCUGGUAGCUUUGCAUCAGCUCCUCCCCUCUUAAGAAUCACCCUUGCCCUCUAGGGUGAAUUCUGGAAAUGUUAUCGAAUGGCUUCUCAAUUUUCCUCAAUAAAUAUGGAUUUUGUCUUUUCCCUUA